AUGGUUCUCAAAGCUUACUUCAACUUAUUGUCUUUCGGCUACACUCAAUCCUCCUCUGAUCAUUCUCUUUUUUUCAAACACUAUAAUGAUUCCAUUACUGCUCUCUUGGUAUAUGUCAAUGAUGUCAUCUUAGCAGGAAAUAAUCUUCAGGAAAUUGAUCAUGUGAAGGCUUACCUUGAUGCUGCCUUCAAAAUAAAAGACCUUCAUGAUCUCAAAUUUUUCCUUGGAUUGGAAGUAGCAUGUUCCAAGCAUGGCAUUACCUUAUAUCAGUGCAAAUAUGCCCUUGAUAUUUUAUCGGAUGCUGGCUAUCUAGCUUGUAAACCUACAACCACACCAAUGGACUCUUUUGUUAAAUUGUCUAACAUUGUUGGUGAUUUUCUUUCAGAUCCUACUUAUUACAGAAGGUUGGUUGGUCGUCUGCUCUAUUUGACCUCUACCAGACUUGACUUAUCUUUUGCUGUUCAGCAAUUAAGUCAGUUUCUUGACAAGCCUACUUCAGCUCAUCUUCAAGCUGCCAAUCGUGUUCUUUGUUAUGUUAAAAGUUGUCCAGCUUAUGGCUUGUUCUUCCUUGCAUCCUCUAAUCUUACAUUGAAAGCAUUUAGUGAUAGUGAUUGGGCUAGAUGCCCUGCUACUCGCAAAUCUAUUACAGUUUCCGAAUCAUCUUCCGAAGUUCAGUAUCGUGCUCUUGCUUCUACGACAUGUGAACUUCAGUGGCUGCAUUACUUACUUCAGGAUCUUCAUGUUCUUCAUUCGCAUCCUGCAUUGCUUUUCUAUGACAACAAAUCUGCACUUUAG